CGGUUGCUUCUCCCCCCCUCCGACGCUACCUCCGUUCUUUUCGGUUUUUUUUUUUUGUUGAAAAAAACACGAAACGAAAAAGGAUUCGACUUUCCUCUGCUCGAUUCUCCUCUCCAUCUGGGUCUGUUGCUGCUUUGAUCUCCUGAACAUGAGUUUCCAGGAUGACAUAGAAUCCCGCUACGGAGGAAGAAGCCCGCAAUUCGACCCCUCUGCUUCUUCUCCGUCUGCUGCGACCACUCAGGCCAUCGCCUCCGGGAUAUUCCAGAUCAACACGGCCGUCGCUUCCUUCUACCGCCUCUCCAACUCCCUCGGCACUCCCAAGGAUACUCUCCUCCUGCGCGACAAGCUGCACAAAACGAGACAGCGGAUUAGCCAGCUGGUGAAGGAUACUUCGGUUAAACUCAAGGAAGCUAGCCAAGCUGAUCACGAUGCCGAAAUCAGCCCCGCGAAGAAAAUAGCCGAUGCAAAGCUUGCAAAAGAUUUCCAAUCAGUCUUGAAGGAAUUCCAGAAAGCACAAAGACUCGCAGCCGAGAGGGAAUCAACAUAUGCUCCUUCUGUUCCUAGAGAAUUUGUUUCAUCCAGUUACACUGGUCAAGAGGUGGAGAUAAGCUCAUCCAGGAGUUCUGAACAGCAGUCUCUUCUUCUAGAGCCAAAAAGGGAAGAAGUGAUCCAGUUGGACAAUGAGAUUGUAUUCAAUGAAGCCAUUAUUGAAGAAAGGGAGCAAGGGAUCCAAGAAAUUCAACAGCAAAUUAACGAGGUCCAUGAGAUUUUUGAGGAUCUUGCUGUGCUAGUCCGUGAGCAAGGAGUUGUUAUAGAUGACAUCAGUUCCAAUAUAGAGAGCUCCCAUGCUGCGACAGCGCUAGGCACUUCUCAACUUGUCAAGGCAUCUAAACUUCAAAAAUCGACUUCGUCCAUGGUAUGGGGGUAAUGUCUAGUUCCAGACAAGUUUGUAGCUCCUUAUCCAUGGAUUUGAUUGGCAUGCUCUUGACAAGGACUUUUCGCCACUCCCCCUUGCCUAAUAUCUUAAUACGAAUGUGAAUGUUCUUGACAAACACCAAUAACUAGGAUUUACUUUUCCUUCGUGCCCUCCAUUUUCCAAACCGCUUUCUGUUGCUUAGGGCAAAACAGUUGUGUCCCAGUAAAUUUUUUUUGGGAGGAUAAUUAUUUGAUUCUCUUAGUUGCAAAACUUCCUUGGUGCACCGAGUGAGAAACUCAAGCAAGGCAUCAGCCUAAGCGUUCUGUGGUUCCUGGUGCUGUGAAACACAUAAUCAGUCAAUCACAUCUAGGCUGGUCAGAUUUGGCAUGUGAUUAUGAUGGAUAUUCUUUGUCCUUAUAAUUUGUUUGGCCAAAAUUCAGUUGAUCCUUUUGAUUUUCUGACAUUAGAAUGCAGAUUGAGCGGAGCUUCUAAUUAUGCAGGGUUGUCUACUCCUGGUGAUUUUUGGAAUCGUUUUACUGAUUGUUGUUAUAGUAGUCGUGGCAUGAAUAUCUGAAUUGUCCAGUCGUUGUUUUCACCAUA